AUGGAUGAGCGGGGAGUACUUGGUAAGGUAAACAGCCAAAAUGAUACCGUUCUCAAUUUAAGUACAGAUUCUGGCUUCUGCACGGAUUGGAAGCACGAGUACCAAUUGGACACAGAACAAACUAUUUCGAAUCCCUAUUCAACGGACCUAUUUAUGCCAGCAGCCACACGGAUGAUGAGCACACUUUGCGCUUUCUUCAAGUUACAGCAUAGCAUUGAAUUUUCAGCCAUUGAUACACUGGAACAGCUGAUCGUUAGGACCAUCCAAACCAGUGCAACAAACGAUAAAAUUGAGGAAAGAAUUUUAGAGAACCUGCCUAUUUAUGUGAUUGCCAUUUUAAGCCUUGUUGCGAAGUUUUUCGAUGCUCGCACGAUACUUGAUCCGGCGCUGCAAAGGCAAAUGCUGCAAGCAAAUUUUCCCGAUCUAGUAUGGAACGAACAAAAAAUGGUUACAUUUGAGUUCGAAGUUAUGAAAACACUGAAUUACAAGAUAUCACAAUCGCUUCUGCUAGGCGCGGUUGAACGGUUUACAAAAGAGCACAUUUUAACGCGAGGAAUUGCCCGGAAAGAUUUUGUCGGCGCAUUGGGCGUUAAACUACUGCGAAUCGUUUAUGCUCAAAAGAAUCAAAUCUACAACAGCUUGAGACCGAACGUGAAAUGCGAAGACUUGUUUACUCGAUUUAAAUCGAACAAACUGAUUCUGGCAGCGGCAACGGUAACCGCAAUCCUUAAGCUUUGUGCGGCUGACGAGGAACUUCUAGCAGACAGAGUCGUCAUUCAGCUGUCUAACGAUUGCUUUGUAGAACCCAAAAAUAUUACCCUUCUGAGAGACGCUAUUAUUAACGCGUGUAGAUAA